AUGGCUCUAUAUAUCUCAGCAGAGGAUAAAAAAUUUAGGGAAAUUGGAAAGGAAGAUUUUCAUGUUACAUCCACCGGCUCAGAACUCUAUCAAAUAAACUCUGCCGAACAGUUGCAAUCUGGUGUCAACGCACUCAACAAGAAAGCAGCCAAGCGAAGUGAACUUGAAAUGAUUUUAAAUAGUAAGUCACUAGACGAAGCAAAGGAGAAAAGAGACAUAGAAGUAGCAAUUGAGGACCUCUUUAAGCAAAAGAUUGAAGCUGGAAUUGGAUAUUUUAUAACAUCAAGAAUGAUCCAAAAGUUGAAGAUUGUAGUGGAUGGACAGAGUCUUUUAGAACACCAGAAAACUCUGGCUUCUGAGCAAGCUCAGAUGCUGAACAGGCUUGAAGAUGCAGAAAACAAGGCUGCAACGCUAAAUAAAGAAGCUGAGAAUCUGGAGAAUGAUUGUGAAGAUAUUGUUAGUGCUAAUGAGAACACGACAUUGCAGAAGAGGGUGUGGAAGUACAUUGCAUUUUUCUUUUUGCAGUCGGUAAUAUUGAUCAUUAUCAUGGGACUCUUUGUUUUGCAGAUAUCACCAAAGUAUACCCGGCUUUACAGAUUUUUGGGUGGAGUGGGUUCUACAGUUGCAACAAUGUCUGUCACUAGGGGUGAGAUUGGUCCGCCGUGGAGCUUACGAUACUUCAUUGAGGAAAUUAAAAGAGUUCCGUAA